AUGAAGUAUUGUUUGUCGGGCAUUAUUGCUGCAACAAUAACAACAACAACAACAACAACAACAACAACAACAACAACGACAAUAUCAACAACUGCAGUUGCUACUGCUGCUGCGACUGGAACAAUUACAGCAACGAUUUAUGUUGCACCUCUUCUUGCAUCAUCAUUUUCAUCAUUCUUAAUUGUUCUACCGCUUAUUACCACAAUUCUUCUAAUUGUUCCUGAACAAGCUCAUUCAACAGCAACAGUUACCGAACAUCGAUGUUAG